AUGUACAUACAGGAGAUAAUCCUCGAUGGAUUCAAGUCCUAUGCCACCCAAACGCGCAUCGGACCCUUUGAUCCAUCGUUUACUGCGAUAACCGGGCUGAAUGGAACGGGGAAGUCCAAUGUCCUGGACGCUAUUUGCUUUGUUCUAGGCAUUUCAUCCUUGUCGAGAAUACGAGUCACUAGCCUUACGGAGCUUAUUUACAAGCAGGGACAGGCGGGGAUUACAAAGGCAAGUGCCACCCUCGUCCUAAACAACGAGGAUCCAGCACAAUCUCCGCCUGGAUACGAGUCAUAUCCAGUCCUGGAAAUAUCACGACAGAUCUUCAAGAACGGUACCACAAAGUACUUGCUUAACGGAACGGUCUCUAAGCUGAGGGUAAUCAAGCAUCUAUUUAGGUCUGCAGGACUCAACGUCGACAAUCCAACCUUCCUAGUCUUGCAGGGAAGAAUUACUACAAUUCUUUCGAUGAAGCCCAUGGAGCUGCUGGGGCUCAUUGAGGAGUGCGCAGGAACUACCAUAUAUGACAAUAACAGAAGCGAAGCAGUCAAGAUUUUCUCCGCAAAGGAGUCUAAGUUGCAAGAGGUUUCAGACACGCUAUCUUUAGAUAUCUUUCCACGACUACAAAAGUUAGAUUCGGAGAGGCAAGCAGCUGUGGAGCUGGGAAGGUUAGAAAGCGCCAUGAAGACCAUGGGACUUCUUGCAGACGCACAUAAACUGCAUGCUAUGGCUGUCCAGUUUUUAUCCAUUUGCCAAGCAAAGCGGGCACAGCAGGCACAUAUUCAAGAAAUUGUUCAAGAGAGCAAGAUGAUUGAGGAGCACACACGGGAGCUCGUGGAAGCUAUACGAGCUCUUGACAUCGAGGCACAGGGAUUUGAGGCAAACACACAACUUGAAAGGCUGACUUCAGAAUAUAGCGGCGCAAAAUCUGAAAUGGAAGUGCUUGCAGAGCGUGUACGCGCCAUGCAAUCGCAGAAAGUUACGCUGCGGAAGGUCAUCUGUGACACUGAAGGCUCAUAUAAAGCAAUCAAAGAGAAAAUCUCCAGAUUUCAGCAAGAUCUUAAAAAGGUGGACAAUGACCCCAAGGUGCGGUGCCUUGCCGAAAAACUCGACCAAAUCUUGACAGAGCAAAAGCUUACUGAGGCGCGGCUCAUGCUAACCACUAGCGGCAGCCUCUUGAAAGCUAAUGUCAAGAAGGAUUUCUUGAGAAUAUCUGUCCCCCUCACUAUAGAUGACGGUCUCGCUUCACCAGGUCCUGCCCUAGUGGAGUUCCAGAGUGGCAUCCGGUCGCUCCUUUCUUCUUGUCCUCAUCCAAGCAAUUCUAUGGAUAUUUAUAGCACUCUUUGGGCAAAGAUGCCACAGAUUCUUCACAGCGAGGGUCAUGUCAUGCUGGAGCGCUUUAUUGGAGACUCUGCCGAUUGGGUGUUUUCCCUACGAGGAGCAGAUGCACUCACUCCAUCAGAAAUCCUUUCUAACCUUUCGCUUCUCUUCUCCAAGAUAUCUGUGGACAUAGAGUCUCCGUUGGGUGCUUUUGUUUCUACGCACGCAAAGAUUGCAUUUUCAUCUACAAAUGGCUUGAAGGUAGCGGCCGAAACAGACGAGGCCAAUGCAGGGACGUUGGGACAAAAGAUUCAGGGGCUCUUCGGGCAUCUAGGAAAAUUAUUGGCGCAAAUUACGGAGCUUUCUGCUCUCUUUGUCUCCAUUGGGCACCCCGAAGCUGCGCAACAUGGACCAGCGGUCCUGCAGCCCAAGCAAACUGAACUAUACACCCUAAUAGUCAAUCCGAAGACAGGCUUCAUGGAUACAGACCAGUUUCAGGCCAUGGACACUCUGAAGGAUGAAUUAACUAAACUGUUGCAGAUGGACCACCAAGCUCUAUUCUCAGAGAUGAACAAUACUGCUGGUGUCCUGUUUGGCAUGCUUUGUGCCCACAUACUACAGGGUCACGAUAUGAGUAUGAAGGCGCUUAACCUGUCUUCUCUUCGGUACAUAGACAUGUUGGAGGGGUCAAUUCGGCCCUUGCGGCUACUAGCAAUCAAGUUUUUUGACACUCUUGCCCAGCGAGUAACAGCAUUUGCAUCACGUGUGGAUACAGCACUUAUGGAUGUGUCUCCUAAUGCAUGCCUCGCCACGGUAUUGAAAGCAUGUUCAGCCAAUGCCUCCUUUUCUGCUGUUGCAUAUAUGAUUGCAUCUCUUCCUUUGGAUACCAGACUAGCAUAUGACCUCAUAGGUCCGACCUUGGGAUUCUUUACCAUAAACACAAAGCGAAUAGAAGAGUAUUGCCAGGAGACCUGUGGAUUCGUUGAUGAGCGCCGCUAUUGUCAGGUCAUACGCAUCUUAGAAAUGGUCGCUUUGCCAAAGUUAUUUCAUGUCGUCUUUACUUCAGCGGAGAAGGCCAUGAAGUUCAUAAGAAGUAAGGCCGUCUGCACAGAACGAAUCACCGCCGUUCCUCUUGAUAAGAUUAGCAGGAAAGGAAUACGAAACUGCCGCGAUGUGCAGGACGCUCUUGUUAAAGAGAGGGCGUUCUUCCUUACUGAUUUCGUUAGCAGCAUUAACUCCACGGUCUCUGAUUAUGUCUUUGGAAAAGCUGUACUAUGUGAGAGUACAGCCUCAGCACGUCGGAUCGCAUAUUCCUCAUCCCUCGGGUUCAAGUGCAUAACACUUGACGGAGAUGUCGUGAGUCCAAGCGGAAAUGUCUCCGGAGGAAGCCGGAGUUUCAAUUUAUCCAGUCCAGCCAGUGUAUUUAGUGCUGCGGAUACAUACCGGCGGAACGGGGGUGCUCAGGUCCUCCUGACCCCGGUGAAGGGAACAGAAGCGGAAUUCGUUGACAAUACUGCUAGCAGCCUUUACUAUGAAUUCGUCAAGAUGGAGGCGCCGACUUCCAGCCAAGCAAGAAACAUACAUGUUGCAGUGAGCAAGGUUGUUGAUGCUGCCAAGUUGUCUCUGUACGCUGCUCACAAGUGCGAAGAUGAAAUAUUAUCGCUCAUAGCUGCAUACAAUCUUCAGCACUUUCAAGCAAGACUACCAUUGUCUGUAUCCAAUGUGUUUUCGGAAGAGAGAGUGACGCACAUCUCCAUUCCGUGCCAGCUCGCUGCUCUGCUGGAACUUCAAGAGGACCACAAGAAGUGUGAUGCAUCUAUACUGAAAAUAGCCGAAUCCACAGGAAAGGUUAUCUUAUUAGAUAGGCUAAUGGCUGAAAUGAAAACGCUGGUAUCUGAUAUGAACGAGACUGAAAAUCCAGCCAGUCUAAAGGAUAAGUUGAAGUCUUGCACCAAGCAAGCUGCUCUGUUGGAGGCUCAGCUAUCGGAACUCACAGACCAGCAUAACAAGAAGGCUCUUGAAGAAGGCCUCGUAAUCAGCGAGGAGGAAGAGCGGUCCCUCCAGGUGAUAAUAAUAGAGAACACAAAAGAACUAAAGGAUAUAGAAGAUGCGCUAAGUGCCGCAACCAAGAGCUUAGAUAAACACACUGAGCGAGUGGAGGCAGCACAUAUGCGAUUUAAAGAACAGAGCAAGCACUUGGAGGGCCUUAUAGACGACAAGCUAAGCAAGGAAGCUGAGUACAAGACGUUGCAGGGUCGCUUGAAGGAGAUUGACAAACAGAUUAGCACAGAAACAGAGACACUCGAUGCGCUAAAGGAAACCUCUCUAAGGAUGUGCCGAGAACACGAGUCCUUAAUUAGUAGACUAGAUGCCGCUCUCGGCUCUAUCUGUACUUUAUUGUCCACUGGAACAAACUACUUGCAGUGCAUCACAGAGCUCCAGAACUACGGCACUGUGCAGAUAGAUAUGUCAGAGGGACCAAGACACGCAACAAGCAAAGGCCACAAGGGACACAAAGGUCAAAAGAGGGGAGAGGGUGACGGAGAUCUUGCUUUUUUGCAGCCAAAACUACUCCAGGCCUUAAAUGAGUUGCAAAGUGGCCACGAUUCUGCGCAAUCUAGAGCAAGGUAUGAUGAAUUAACAAACUUAAUAGCGAACUGUGCGAUUAUUAUGGAGACUGUGGCCGCAAGAAUGCAAUCUCUGAACAACCAAGAUAACGGUAGCGAUCCUGUGCAGUUCCUCUUGGCUAAUCCUGACGCCUUCGAGGAGCUACAAGCAAAGCUGAAGACUGUGCACUCUAAACUCGUACUCAGCGCAGGGGUGUCGGCAGGGGCACAGGGCACCUAUGAGGAGCUGCGGAGUAAUGCUAUGGAGCUCCAGAGAUUAAGAGACAAAAUUCUGAACGACAAGGAGAAGAUCCUGGCGUUCAUCUCUCAAAUAGAUGACAAGAAGAUGGAUGCCCUAAGAGCAUCAUAUGAGAGGAUCAAUAGCGAUCUCAACAAGGUCUUUGCUGUACUCCUGCCAGGAUCCCAAGCAAACCUCAAGACAGUGGACCCCAACGACCUCUCUAAGGGGGUGUUUUUUGAUGUGAAACUGGGUACAACCAGCACCACGAUCUCCUGCCUGUCUGGCGGACAGAGGAGUCUCCUUGCGCUAAGCCUGAUAUUCUCCCUGCUCUUGUACAAGCCCUGCCCACUGUACAUUCUAGAUGAAAUAGACGCUGCACUGGACCUCAACCAUACGCAUAACAUAGGCGUCCUUAUUAAGAGGAGCUUCCCACAGAGCCAGUUUGUCAUUGUGUCUCUUAAGGACGGACUCUUCUCUAAUGCUAACGUGCUUUUGAAGACAAAGUUUGUUGGAGGGUCGAGCGCUAUCGACAGAUAUGUGCGAAAUAAUGAGAGCACUAGCACCUAA